AUGGACAAUCCAGAUGAUUAAACAUUCUCAAUAAAGAAUCCUAAUGCUCAAACCAGAUUUGUAGUUUUGACAAGUAUGCAUUAUACAGGAGCAAUCUAUUUUCUAUUAUUUGUAAUACUUGAUAACAUACUUAAAUAAGCCAAAUAACAACCAAUUCAGUUAUAGUGAGUAUAACUAAAGUGGUUGGAAAAUUUACAAAUCAUCAAUAAAUUGGUUAUUUUGUUGUUGGAAUUUAAGAAGCAUUUAUUAAUUUAGGAUUAAAGACAGUAACUGGAACGUUUAGUAGUGGACUACAUACAAUAUAACCAAAUAGAUGGUUUUCAAUUGCUACACAGGGCUUCAAUUAUCCAAAUACUUAAAAUAUGAGAGUAAGAGCAACAUUUACAAAUUUACCAACAACCAUUUCAUAUACUUGAGGCUUCUGUAAAUUUUAUAAAAAUUUGAAAAGGGUAUGAAACUGACACUCCAAAUAGCCAUUCAAACCAUUGGAAUGUUUUAGUAUAAGAAUAAGUAGAAAAUAAGCUUGGAUUUAAGCAUCUUACCAACAUUUUAUUUAGAGUUGGUUUAAUCUAAUUAAAUUUAUACUACUAAUGGAAACUAUGAUUAUUCGGUUGAUAAAUCAAUUAUUAAACCUAAAAUGAAUAUUUAAAUUAAAUGUGAAAAUGGAAAGAAAAUUAAAGCAGAUUUUAAUAAAUGCAAUUCUUGUAGUAUUUAAAAGACUUAUUAAUUUACUUAUAAUUGUUUUAAUUAAAUGAAUUAUGUUGGUUUUUACCCUGUAUUUUAAUAGGAAUUACCAUUAUAUAAUCAUUUAAAAAUAAAUAUGCAAGCAUCAUCCCUUGAAAUUACAAAUAUUGUUUACGAUUAAAUGAUUACAGAAAAGACAAUUGUGAAAAUUUUAAUAUUAAAUUAAUGA